AUGUGGCAAUUACUUCUUUUGGCAUUUUUGGUGCCAUUGGCACAUAAGGAUUCCCGCUUGGCUAUUCAAAGGUAUAUCAACACUUACUACUACAAAUAUAUCAGCGUCUCAAACCCAGGAACUCCUGCUCUGAGCAGAAAGGGUUCUUAUGCGUCUAAUGAGGAGCUCCCCAAACCGACACCGCUCAUGAUCACACCCGAACAGGUAAAGAAUUAUGAUGAUCGUCCGUGGAGACCGUUCAGGUGGCCUUAUCAUCAGACGAUGUCUAUAUUCAAGCUAGACAUCAACCACUGGUUAGAUAUGGAUAAAUAUUACUGGCACUACAUCGAGGAAAAGAAGCGGGUUUUCAUGAAGUAUGGGAAGCAGAACAUCGACUGGUUGCCUGGGUCUGAAGACGCUUGCACGGAGCUCAUGGAGACAGUGCUGCAACACAUGAUUGAUCGGUACCCAUUGCUUUUCACCGUGUUGAUAGACAAGAAGGAAAGAGGGCGUGUUAUCAGGAACAAACUCACAAAGGAGAUCUUGGACAUGACGCUCCCAUUGAAGGAGCACCCGUUGGUGUAUGUACUGAUGAUGGCCAAGGAGGACUUUUAUGUGGUGAGAAAAGACCCCAAUGAUGGAUUGCAUCAUCUAGUGGCAGCAGCAGUGCCAUUUCCAGGCGGCUCUUUUGACAUUCUGACAAAGAUUGGUAAGCAUCUUGACGUUAUUCACGAGGAUGUGCCUUACUACAAAGAAAAACUCAAAAACUCGAUGGAAAGAUGGUUUCUGCGUCUUGCGCCUAAUCUGCCCGUUGAACGGGCAUCAUGGUAUAUCAGCUGGGACCACAAGCUCAAGAUGAGCAAUGUAUAUCAGGUUCCGGAAGUGGUACCCGAUUUGGAAGAGACCAUGAAACUGACACCCCCAGGUUCGUUCAAUGUGAGAGUGGAGAGGCAGACCUUGAGAAGGCUUCCGAAAUCGCAGGCGAUCAUCUUCACCAACCACCCUGUCUUCUACUCGCUCGACGAAAUGAAGGAUGAGCCAAUGGUUCCGUCGCUCAUCCGCAAGAUUCUCUACGAGGGUCCAGGAGACAUCAUCAAGUAUAAGAAUUUUGAUUUUUUGAGAGAUCACCUUGUGGGCUACUUGGAUAAGGUGAUUGAGGACCAAAUAGAUAAGGGCUUAAUUUCCAAGGAUCAACCUGUGAAGACUCUUCCCACCUACCCUUUUGCUAGUUGGGCUCAGACAGACUUCGACUUCGUGAACGGAUGGAACAAUCCGAGGUUUGACGGGAGGAAGCCUGACUAUUCCGAGCAGGCCAAGAAGGAGCUCAUCUACAGCAAUGACUAG